AUGGAUCCUCCGGGCCAGCCUGAUGUGUACAUCAAGCCUGAACGUUCUCCAAGCCCUUCUAGUCCACCUCCCGAUGUGUCCACAGCAGACCUCGAGUUCCUGCUACAGGAUACCAUCACGAAAAGAGCGCUCGCCUUUGCAAAAUCUAGCGAUACGACAAGCUCAGUUGGUCUGCGGGCUCCGAAUCAGCGCUUGAACGGCGAAAGUACCGGUGACUUGUCAGACGAAGACAGCGCGGAUGAGAGACAAGACAAACUUGAUAGGCAGGAUUCGGACUUUCAAGUGGACGGUCACGCCGAACAGGACAGCGAUGGCAACCUAGUUAUUGUCAAAAUCGAAAAGUCAAGUGACAGUAAAAGCAACAAUCCCCCCGAGCCCAAAACAAAACGCAAAAUUGCCAAGACAUCACACGAAUACUGGCAGCGAGAGUUGCAGCGAGAAAAAGAAAAAGAUGUAGAAAAAGAGGCCGAAGAAAAGAAGCGCAAACUCAAUGGGGAUGGAAACAACCCAAAGAAAGGGCGGAAAACGUCAGCUAAAUCAUCUGCUGGUGUAGAUGCAAGGAAUCUCGCUGGACUAAUGGCCAACACUCUUCACAGCAUGGACGACAUCGAUGAAAGUUUCGCCAACGGCAGUGUGCCGAGCAUGGGCUCGAUUCAAGCAAGCUCCAAAAGGGACCAGAUCCGGCAGAUGAUAAACAGUGUUCCUCCAGACCUCGACAAUCGACAAACAAAGACGCAAAAGGCAGAAUUGAAACAAGCAAUGACCAGUUUUGGAUUUUGCAACGUUGAGCAAGCUAAUGGGAAAUGGAGGCUUACAGGUAUUAGUCAACGUUUGGAAAGCCAUCAACUCACAGCUGCGCAAUGGAUGGUCAAGCGGGAGGCAAUGGAACUAUCGCCGGCUGGUGGUAUUCUGGCUGACGACACAGGCAUGGGGAAGACAGUCAGCACCCUUGCUUGCAUAGUUAGCCACCCCCCCGAGCCUAACGACAUCAAAGAGUUCAGCAAGGCGACAUUGAUCGUGUUGCCAAAUCGAGGUAUGGUUACACAGUGGUUGGGUCAAAUCGAAAAGUUCUGCUACUCCAAAGACGCCUCAGACAGGACCGUUCGCUACUCUAAAGCAGAGGGCAGAAAUUUGCAGUGGUGGGGUAGCCGUUGGGUUGUACUUACUACCUACUCUGAGCUCGUUUCCCAAUCUGUUAAACCAGCAGUUAUCAAGAAACUCAAGAGCGACUACCAGGAUGACAAGAAAGGAUUCGCAAAAGCGCUGAGCAACACACUGGGACCUCUGUUCAACAUUCCCAAGUAUCGCUGGGUAUUGACUGCGACCCCUAUUUCCAAUGGAAUUCAAGAGUUCUACCCUUAUUUGAAGUUUAUCGGCUGUAGUUUUACCCGGACACCGGCAGAAUUUACUGAGCAGUACAUUACAGGAGAAAAUGCAGAUCAGAACAUCCGAUUCAUUGUCAGUAUGGUUAUGCUCCGACGAACUCACAAAGAUACAUUCCUGGGCAAAAAAAUCACAAAUCUCCCAUCAAGCAAGUGUCAUGAUCUAUGGGUUACACCUCCGAGUUGGGAGUUGAUCCUGUCUAAGGCAUCAGACAGCGGAGACAACGUCAAAUUUUUCGAGACAGGUGCCAACAUAGAUGCUGUUGACAAUGAUACUACAUCAGGCGAGCCUGACGUUACUGGCAAACCAGAUGCCAAAUCCUUGACCGCGCAGGUCACCAGAAUGAGACAAGCGGCGUCCCAUCCGUUUAACCUUGAAAAGUUUCUUCAGGAGAGCAAACACCAGGGUAAGAUCGAGUGGAUACUUGAACAGUACAAAUACAGUGUUAAGCAGCAACAACCAAAUACCGAUGCAGAACAACAAGUCGAAGAUGCGGCUCAAUGGGAGCCAUUCUUGCCAGGACAGCAACAACUCGAAACCGAAUACCAAAGCGUUUCGGGUGACAUCACAGACAUGACCAAGCUAUUUUCGCUGGCGGUAAACGAGCACAACAAUCAUGGACUGUGCGAACAUGCUUAUUGCAAGGGCUGUCUUAUCGUCGCUCUCAAGAAUGCACGAAAAGAGCAAGCCGAGGGAACUCCUGAACAGUGUCCAGCAGACGAUUGCUCUGUUGAACUGGUCAGAGCCAGUCCUCCCAAAACUCCACAGGGUAUAUUGAAUGCUGUGCAUGCGCUGAAAGACUUCAAAGAACCUGGGACAGACAGCAUCGGAUCUAAAUGGCUGGGAGACGGCAGGGGAAAAGAAAAGGGAACUGAUUGUUUCUUUGCUGCUACUUGUGGCCGGGACGACAUCGAUUUCGGUCCAGUGAGGAUGCCUUGGGGAGCUAAACUGACUGCCACAGUUCAGGUGAUUCUAACAUGGUUGAAAAAGUCUCCUGACGACAAGAUUAUUGUUUUCAUCGAGUUUACCAUCACGGCGAAGGUGUUAGGAUGCAUCUUGGAAAAGCUGGGACUAAAGUUUCUCUACUACAAUCAGAUCGCGAAUACCCAAGCCAGAAGGGACAAGGCAUACAAAGAAUUCCAGAAGGACCCCAAAAUUAGGAUCCUGGUGGCGUCGAUGAAAUGCGGAGGAACGGGAUUGAACCUCCAGAUCGCCAACCUGGUCAUUAUCGACGACGUUUGGUUCAACAAUACUGUUGAGCAACAAGCAUAUGGCCGUGUCCACAGAAUUGGACAGAAGAAAGAGACAAAACUUGUACGGAUUCUCGCACGAGGCACAAUUGACGAGAGGAUUGUCAUGUUGCAGGAGGCCAAGGCUGAAAUCGUCAGGCGUGUACUUCAGGACGAUGAACACGAGCCAACCUUUUCAGAUGACCUGCAGCUGAGAAUUCUUCUGACUGCCAAAGACAAGGACGCCAUGAUCAAUGAAUUGAAGAAAGAAACUGGCAAGCGCAGGGUCAGGCCGAAGAAGACUGCUGCCAAGGAGAGGGUCAAGAAAAGUGUCAAAACUGACACGGAGACAAAGAAGACAAGAACCAAGAGCAAGGUCAUGAAAAGGUACUAG